CCAACAGCCAGGAGACAACAUUCUACUUUCCGCAGAGAAAUUAUUUUCCGCGGUGUUGUGAUUGGUCAAAUCUGAGUUGGAUUCAAAAUAAGACCGCGACUGUUUUAGCUCCGCGGUGAUAGCCUUUCCAAAGUUGAAGGUAACCAGGGUGGGUAGUUGAAGGUAGCCAGGCUGGUUCGUUGAAGGUAACCAGGGUUGAUGAUGGAGUCUUGCUUCAACACCAGGCGUGAGCAGGUGGAGCCCUUAGGGGUGGAGGACCUGAAGAAGGACCUGUCCAUGGAGUUCAGCACCCUCCCAUACUCUGAGCAGGAUGCGGUGGUGGACGUGAAGGAACAUCUGGAGGUCUACCUGAGGAUCAGACCUUUCACCACAGCAGAGAGCGACAGCACUGAGUCCCAGGACUGUGUGACCAUGGAGUCUCCUGAAACGGUGCUGUUGAAGCCUCCCAGGAACUCGUCUAGACUCAGCGACAAGUCUGUCCCUCAAACCGGCCAACGCUUCCACUUCUCAAAGGUGUACGGUCCUGAGACCAGCCAGCUGGACCUGUUUGAUGGCACGGUGAAGGAUCUGGUCAGACAUGUUCUGGAAGGAGGAAACUCUCUGGUGUUCACGUACGGUGUCACCAACGCUGGCAAAACCUUCACCUUCCUGGGUCCCGACGGGGAUGCAGGCCUCCUGCCCCGCUCCCUACAGCUGGUGUUCCGUAGUGUGGAGGAACGCCUCUCCCCGCACAUGGCCGUGAAGCCACACCGCUGCAGAGAGUUCAGUAGACUGACCCGGGAACAGCAGGCUGAGGAGGCCCUGGCCAAGAACACCCUCCUCAAACAGCUCAAAGAGAGUGAAAAGGCCAGUGCCAGCCAGCUGUGUUCCACCAGUCAAAACUCUUCAGAAGGCCCCAGUGUUCUUGGCUCCCUGCUGGAGGACCCAGUGGUGCUGGAUGUUGCCCCAGACACCAGCUUCUCCAUCUGGGUGUCCUUCUGUGAAAUCUACAAUGAAAACAUCCAUGACCUGCUGGACGCCGGGCCCCCAGGGGCCCCCCGCCGGGCGGCGCUGCGUCUCUCACAGGACAUCAAGGGGAACUCUUUUGUCAAAGACCUGCGCUGGGUGCAGGUGAACAGUGCUGAAGAGGCAUUGAAGGUGAUGAAGUUGGGCCGGAGGAACCAGAGUUUCGCAUUCACCAAACUGAACCAGUCGUCCAGUCGCAGUCACAGCAUCUUCUCCAUCCGCAUCCUGAGGACGGACCAGGCUGGUGUCCCCAGGGUCGACGGCAUCAGCGAGUUGUCUCUAUGUGACCUGGCGGGGUCUGAGAGGUGUGCUAAGACUCAGAACCGUGGGGAGCGUCUGAAGGAAGCAGGUAACAUCAACACCUCCCUGCUGACGCUGGGGAAGUGCAUCAACGCUCUGCGACACAACCAGCAGUCCAAGCUGCUAAGACACAUCCCGUUCAGGGAGAGCAAGCUGACCCACUACCUGCAGAGCUUCUUCUGUGGUCGAGGCAGAGCCUGCAUGAUCGUCAACGUCAACCAGUGUGCCUCCAUGUACGACGAGACACUCAACGUACUCAAGUUCUCUGCUGUCGCUCAAAAGGUUGUUGUGUUGACCUCCAAGACCCUCCCAAUCAAGUCCCAGAGGGCUGCAAGGGAUGUCUCCUUCCUCAUCAACAACACCGACCAGAAGAGCCUGACUCAACGGAGGAGCUCUCUGAUGGGCUGGGACUCUAGCCUGGAGGAUGUGCAGGAGGAGGAGGAUGAUGAUGAAGAGGAAGAGAGCCUAAUGGAGGACACGAUGGAAGAGGGCAGUAAUGGUGAAGAUGAUGAGGAAGAAGACAAGGUUGUUGUGUGUAAAAAGAUCUACCAGAGGCAGGUGUCUCAGCUGAAGGAGAUGCAUGCGUGGCGGGAGGAGCAGCAGAAGCAGAGCCUUCAGCUGGAGCAGCGCAUCAGGGAGGAUGUCAGCUCGGAGUACUCAGCUCUCUUCUCUGAGAUGGAGGGAGACUACAAAGAUCGUUUGGAGAGGCAGAAGGAUAUCUUGGAGGAGAAAGCUGAGAAGCGGUUGGAGAUCUUUAAGAACCUGGUGAAGGAGCUGAGCAGCACUGGACCCGGCCCAAAGAAGCAGGCUGACAGGGCUGCCUGUAUGCUUCAGGACUUGGCCGGGAUAAAGCAGGACACCCUGGCCACCCAGACCGCGCUCAGCUGUCUGGGAGAACCAAGCCCUGAGCGGCUGGGGCUGAAGGUGCAGUCAAUGGAGCAACAGCUCAACAAGUCUCAGGAGCUGUUGGACGCCAAGACAGCUGACCUGCUCCAGCAAACCCAAAUCUCCAGACAGGCCCUGGAGUCCCAUGAGCUGAGGCUGUCCCAGCUGAUGGAGAUGUGUCGGGAGAAGGAUGACAUCAUCUCCAGACUCCAGAAGGCCCUAGACGAGCAGCUGCAGGAUACCAACGUCGCUGGUUCCAGGAAGCGACCGGUGGAGGGAGAGCCGGAAGGGGACUGCCAGCCCCCGUCUAAGAAAGCAGGGAGCCGUGGAGGUGCCGAAGGGAACCCUGAGCGGCAGGCGAGGUCACCUAAGGAGGGGAGUGCUGAGCCCCGGGUGGAGGAGGUGCUGUGUGAGCUCCGGGGGGAGAGGAGGACCAGAGAGGUGGUAUACACUGCCCUGGAGGAGCAGAUGAUGUUAAAACAGGAGGAGAAAAAAAGAAGAGGAAGGGAGGGAUCCCAGAGGAGCAAAGAGGAGCAGGAGGAAAACGAGGAGCAGAUCCAGGAGAGAAAGCUCCACAUUCAUAGGCUUGAAAUAGAAGUCGUGGGCCUGAAACAGGAAGUCCUGGGCCUGAAACAGGAAGCAAAGAUGGCUUCAGUUGCUGCACGAGCCGAGGGUGGCUGUGAUCUAUUGAGAGAAGAGAUACUAGAGCUCAAGAAGAAUCUGCUGCGAGAGGGAGAGGAGAAGAAGAAAACGAUGAGGCAGAUGGAGGAUCUGGAGCAGGAGACGUCCCAGGCCACGGAAAGGCUGGUCCAGAGCCAGCGGGAGCAGCAGACGCGGCGCAGGGAGCUGCUGGCUGCGGCGGAGCACGCCAUCACAGAGAAGGACGCUGAGCUGGAACGCAGAGGCCUCGAUCUCCAAAGGUUAAAGCAGCAGUCCACCCUGGACUCUGACGGAGUGAAGAGCCUAGAAGUGGACCUCCAGAGAAGAGACGAGGAGACGGCCGACCUCCGUGAGAAGCUGGCCGACUCCAAGAGACAGAUCCAGCAGGUCCACAAAGAGGUGGCAUCGCUGCGCCUGGAGGCGAAGGCUUUGACUCAGAAGCUGACCGAUGCUGAUAAGUUGGUGAAACAGCUGCAGUCCAAAGUGUCGGCCAGCGACCGCUCCAUCCUGCUGCUCACCAAGGAUCACUCCCAACAGACCACCCUGUACCAACAGGCCUGCCAAGACCUGGAGGCCCAGCGCCGGGUUGUGGGGGACAUGCGCGUGGCUCUCUCGGAGCAGGAGGAGACGCAGCAGCAGCAGGAGCAGCUGAUCCAGGAACUCACACAAGAGCUUGAUCAUCUUAAAGGCUUGUAUGAGAACCAUGGCAAUACAAAAGACACGCCCACUCAGAGACUCAGCCAAUCAGAACUCCAACAGGCCAGACAGGAAGUAGUUCAGGCCCAGGAGAGUCUGAAGCUGUGUACUGAUAGACAGCAGACGGACCGGAAGAGAUGGCUGGAGGAGAAGAUGCUUCUGAUUGGUCAGGCUAAAGAAGCAGAAGAGAAGAGGAACCAAGAGAUGAGGAAGUUUGCCGAGGACAGAGAGCGACACGCUAGGGAACACAUCCAACUGGAGAGUGUUUGUGCUGAGCUGGCGGUGAAGGAGCAGGAGAUGGGCCAGUGGAGGAGGGAGAGGGACUCCCUGGUGUCUGCUCUGGAGGUCCAGCUGCUGAAGCUCCUCUCCUGCAACAAAGAGCAGGAGCAGCUGAUCAAGCAGCUCCGCGCUGACCCCGGCCCGCCACCAGAGACUACCCUGGACUCCACCAGCAGAAGCUCAGCAGAGAGGACCAGUUCGGGUUCGGCGGGGUUCCCCUCGGUCCUGGAGUCUUCUCAGAUCUCCACUGAGAAUGGGCGGAGGAGCCGGUUCCCCCGGCCUGAGAUGGAGAUCUCGUUCAGCCCCCUCCAGCCCAACCGCCUGGCUCUGAGGAGGCAGGGGGAGCAGGACUCGGUCACCGUCAAGAUCAGCCGCCCCCGCAAGAGGAGGAGCAACGACAUGGACAGGACUUUGGUUCUCAUGAGGAGUAAGAGAAAGGCUCCUCAGCAGGAUGAGGUAGAGGUUGAAAACAAAAUAAAUACCAAGACCAAACUGACCCCCAAACAGGAGGAGGGCCCCUCUCCUGGCGGGGGAAGCGUUACGCGCAGCAGGAAGGACGGAGCGCUGCUGAGGAUCGGAGACUUCCUGCAGAGCUCCCCCACGCUGUUCACCUCCGGAGCUAAGAAGGUGAUGAGUCUGGUCAGCAGCUCUUCCUCUUCCUCUGUGAGGGUGAAGAAAAGCAAGAAGAAACUCUACCAGCCACACAUCUCCUCCCCCAUGGACCUUCCCUCCAACCCGUGUCAUUACCAGCGAUGCCUCAACCAGCACCAAUCAAUCAGACCUGGGCCAGAUCAUCCCUGAGGAGAAGGACAGCGACCACCUCAUCAUCAAGAGACGCCUCCGAAGCCGGACAGCCAAGUAGCUGCCCCUACUCUCCUCCCCUCUCCCCCAACCCUCCACCCUGAAGUGCAACAGAAGGAGUCUUGGAGGAGUCCAUUCAUCGCGUACUGCUUGGGGAGUACUACUACGCCAUAAUGCUGUACUAUAUAUAUAUACAUAUCUAUACACAGAUCAAUAUUUGGGCAUGGGAUGCUGCUGUAGGCCGCCAGGGGCAAACAUUAUCAUGACUGAUCUAGGACGAUUUCUGAUUUAUUUUAUUCUGUUAUCUUCUUAACGUCUUCUUCCAAGUCUUGGACCUCAGACCGUCUGCCCGGUCAUGGAUGAACCAAGACUGGAUCUAGUGCGCUAGUGAGGGUCCUGGUUAGAGAGUUAAGGCCCAAUCCCAUUUCUACCCCUUACCCCUUCCCCUUACCCCUCCCCCUUGUUUUGAAGGGGUAAGGCGAAGGGGUAAGGGGUAGAAAUGUGAUUGGGCCUUAGUGUCACCCACCCUCUAGGGGUCCUGAUGUUUAGGAUUAUAUUAGGACAUUAUAUAAUGUUAUUAUUCAUGACAUAUAUGAUUAUAUUUAAUCAUAUAUGGGUCUAUAUCUGAUCAUACAUAAUCAUAUUUGAAUGGUGCCCUUCUGUCAAAUAAAAGCAUAAGGAUUCCAGACCAUUUUGAUUCUGAUAAAAAAAGUCUGUCCAUUAUUAUCGCAUAUACAUAAGUUAAUCAGAAUGUGUACUCUGAACCUUUGUGAAUGGUAUGCUUUAAGUUGACUUUAAUUUCUUUUAAUUUACUGUAUAGACAUGUUCACUUAAGACACGUAGCUGGCGGUGCAAGGGAAAUGUUUGCGGCUGCGGGAGUCAAUACCUCCAACAUGUUUUAAUAAUUUGUAUGUAUAUUGAUUUGACGGCUCUACGACUCUGAAAACGAGGUCAUCUUGGUUCGAAAGAACUGUUAUAAAGACACCAGCAUCUAGUUCCUCUUCUCAAACCUUGAUCUUUUAUUGGAUGUCACUAUGUGGACCUUGAGUCGGAUGAUUAAAUGUGAUGGGAUGUAAAUAACAUAGCCCAUGUAUCGGUCAAUAACAUGUAGCCCAAGCUUAACAACAUCAUGAUAGUUCAACGUCAUGUGGUCAGGAGAAAUAAAAGGUUUAGCCUAACCCACCAACUAUACUGUAUCCUGGGGAUGAUUCGGAAAUUAAAUUGCUAUAAUAAACUGACCUAUAAAUGGUUUUGACUCAGCGAGGGUAGCAUUAAAGCUAAUUAAUGUAGCAUCCUCGACACAUGUUUCCUUCACGUGAGCUUUGAGGGACUAGCCUGAUGCUAAUAGGGCGGCAGUAGCUCAGGUGGUAGAGCGGGUUGUAACUGGAAAGUUGGUAGAAAACCCUGAGCAACAGGCACAGAAAGGAGAGACGGUGGUGAGGGAGGAGAGGGAAAGAAAUGGCAGUAUUGCUCCAUUUAGGGGUUCCUGGACCCUUAUUUGCCGUGUAGAGUAACGAGUGGAAACGUUGGGGAAGAGGAUUUUGUUGUCCAGCUCCCUGCCCAGAUACUGCAGCACAACCCAGCCCUCAUGUUCAGCAGCCACGCCUUCACUCCCUCAGCCUCCCAGCACACCUCUCCAACCCUCCGACCCCAUGGCUCCACUGGGGGAAAAACAAGAAGAGCUCAUCCCAAUCCGGACGGGUUGAAGAGAGCCUCAUGUCUACUGAAUGAGCAGCAUGACCCAGAGGAGCUCCUCCUCUUGAUCCUCGCCCCAAUGCUCAGAGGUCAAAUGAUGGAAAGAAGACGGGAAACCCAGAUAGAAACGUUGUUGUAUGGUUACUUGUUACCUGUUCUGUAUUUAUCAUAAAGUUGUUACUUUUUAUAGAUGUUAUAUUUAGAAAACUUCUUGCUGUGAACAAUAAAAUGUGGAUGUGCCUUGUUACAGA